AUGGCUUCCGAUACAGAAGCAGAACCGAAGCGUCCUGAACUCUGCAAAGUCGAGACCCAGAUGCAACUUAAUAAGUUUGCCGAAGAGGCUUACGAAAACUAUCUCAAUGGGAGCCCUUCCACUGGCUAUCUUACGACCCUUGUUCGUGUAAACGUCUUCCACGCCUUCGUCCGAAUAGCCUGCGUCCUGGACUUCGACGGUGGAUGGCUCACAUAUGAAGCAAUAUCUCCCUUCAACAAGAUGGGCCCCGGUCUUGGGUUUGCAGCGACAAGCAGCUCGUGUCCCGAGAACAUGCGUCCCACCGAAUUACAAGUCGCCGUCGAGCACCACCCAUGGAUCGACUUCUUUCCCCACCCCACCAUGCGAGAUAAUUUUCUUCGAAUCGUCGCUGAACACGGCGAAGACUACAUUGAUGAGGACGACUUGUGUCGGGAUAUUGUAGACGUUGGAGCAGGGGCGGGAGUGGAGGAUUCAGCCCUCAUCGUCUGGGGCGAGCCAUGGGAUCCACGAGGGUGGGAAGCAACAGAGCCGUUUCUGAGGAAAUGGGGCUGGCUUCUGGCUGGCUGCACGGAGAUGCUAGAGGGGACGAACUAUUGGAGACAGAAGCGAGGAUUACCGAAAUUUAGGUUCAACUGA